AAGUCAUCUCGACACGAUGUGGUAAUGCGUUCAAAAGAAGAGAGCGUGCGAGCAAAUUUUGAGCAGUAUGGAACAGAGGUCCGGUAUCUCUCAGGUUUACUCGCUGAUGCAAGCUGGCAUGGCAUAUGGGCUAGGCCUUUGUUCAACGCAAUAGUUACUGAUCGUGCGUUGCCGCCAUAUGGGAUUCGAGAGAAAGGGAGAAAAAUCGGUAAAAAGCCGAGAAAAGAUCAUUGGACCUUGCCGAGCAGUGACCACCAGACGCAUUUUCCUGAAAAAGCACCUUAUCCGUUAGAGAAAACCUUUACGGAUUUAUGCGAUUUGGCCGCUAGCGUUCUACUUGUUGGAGCAAAAUUAUCGUUUUGGUUCCCCGUCAUUCUCGAAAGCUAUUCUGAAGCCUGCCUGCCCUUCCAUCCAUGUCUUGAACUCCUAGCAAAUUGCGAACAGCGUCUUUCUCUUAAAACAAGCAGACGACUACUUGUGUACCGAAAGCUACGUGAACCUACUCAUGAAAGAGCAUAUUAUCCUGCGAACCACUACGAAAAUGGGACGUUUAGAGAUGUUACUUUCGCGCAGAAACGGUUUUCUUGA